AUGGCAACACCAGCUUCCCAAAUGCCGGCUAUCGGCUCCAGCGUCCCUGUGGUAGCGGCCAAUGCGGCCGAGGCCGCUUCGAAGCCCAAGCCUUGCUGCGUGUGCAAGGACGAAAAGUCCAUCCGGGACGAAUGCAUGCUCUUCUCCAACGCCGCCGACCCCCAGAAAGACUGCCAAUCGACAAUAGACCGCUACAAGACCUGCAUGGCUGGGUUCGGGUUCAAGGUUUAG